AUGCCGGAUCCAGCAAAAUCCGCUCCUGCUCCCAAGAAGGGCUCCAAAAAGGCUGUUACGAAAGUGCAGAAGAAGGACGGCAAGAAGCGCAAGCGCAGCCGCAAGGAGAGCUACUCCGUUUACGUGUACAAGGUGCUGAAGCAGGUCCAUCCCGACACCGGCAUCUCGUCUAAGGCAAUGGGCAUCAUGAACUCCUUCGUCAACGACAUCUUCGAGCGCAUCGCGGGAGAGGCGUCCCGCCUGGCGCACUACAACAAGCGCUCCACCAUCACAUCCCGCGAGAUCCAGACGGCCGUGCGCCUGCUGCUGCCCGGCGAGCUGGCCAAGCACGCCGUGUCCGAGGGCACCAAGGCGGUCACCAAGUACACCAGCUCGAAAUAAGGGUGUGCAAGGGACGCAAUAGAUCAACCACCUUACCCCAAAGGCUCUUUUCAGAGCCACUUCAGUAAUCGAGAAAGCAGCUGUAAGCACUUGUCAGAGCGUUGGAUAGCUUUUGGUCAGAUAGGGAGUGUUACCAUUGUCACGGAUGCAUUCGGGUGUAGGACUAAGGAGUUUCCUGUAGUCCUGUAAUGAGUUGGCCCUCAGUCAUCCCCGUCCAGUCUUACCGAGUUGCUUGUUAUCUGUGCUACGAGAUUAGAAAGGUUUGACUCGUUCUGGGAUAUUUGGGAGGGAGGGAGGGAAGGAGGCGGGGGGGUGGUUCUACACCCCUUCAACCUUUAACCUGUAUCUCCAAAGUAGUUUUCCUUUUUGUUUCUGAAAGUAAUGAACGAGAUGAGAUUUCCCAUACAGAUGAGAAACCCUCAGUCCAACCUCUUACUAUUUCUUAGUGUUUUAAUCUGUUUUCCUUACCAUAUACCUACAGGCGUCUGUCACAAACUUUGUCUAAUAUAGCCAUGUGCUUUCGUCCCUUAGCCUUUUUGCAAGUCCUGACUUAGCCAUCUUCCCCUUCCAUUCCAGUGACUUCCAACAGGGAGAUAUAUUGCCACCACCCCCACCCCCUGUGGAGUAUUUGGCAAUAUCUGUAGAUGUUUUGGGUUGUCAGGUGUGUGUGUGGGGAGGGGAGAUGCUACAAGUAUCCAAUGGGCAGAGGCCAGGAGUGCUAAGCAUAAGGCACAGGACAGUCCUCUGGGGGGACAAAGAGCUACCUGGCCUAUAAUGUCGAUCUUUGGUGAUUGAGAGACCCCAGCUCCCAAAGACAUCCCUAAUCUUCAGGAUUUAAUCUUCAUUUCAGUCAAACGUUUCCUUAACCCUACCAGCCCAUGUUUUUGUUCUUUUCUUGGUGAAAGCUGAGCACUUCAUAGGCUGUUUACAGGUCCUUCUCCAUAGGAAAAUACCUCCUCCAGGGCAAGAACCCUGUCUUGGUUCCAAACUUUCCCAAUUAUAAGAAUCACCUUUGCCCUUGUUAAACCUGCUUCCAGGUGCUUGUCCUGAGGUUUCCUGAUUCAGCUAGACUGAAGGUGGGACCUGACGAGGUGGUUGGUUUUUAGUGUUCUCAGGAGUGUGGAUGUUUUAAUAGGUGUUGGGUCCUCAUGUUAAUCGACCUGUGGGUAUGUCACAGUCUUAAUGUCACGGAUGUUCUGAGAAAGGAAACAAUUUGAGGAUGAGUGGAGGGGAAUUGGUGGUGUAGAGAAGGCCACAGUUAAUAUGUGGGGUGAAUUUCUGAAGACUUCUCAGUUCAAAACUUGUAUAACUCAAGAUAUCCUGACAAAAGCCAGUGGAUGUUUCUUUUGCCAAAUAAAAUAUACCCUUGAUGCAA